AUGGAACGUGACAGCAUUCGAGAAAAUCCGUCACCGGAGAACUCGUCCAUGCCUGGAGGGCCAUCGUCUGCCGCUCUCGGGCAGGCCUUCUCUCAGUUAUUACACCGUUUUACCCGCCAGGAGACCCACUCGGGUCAAGGCAGAGAUGCAAUUUUUCAGGACCUCGGUGCUCUAAUAGAAGCCACAGAAUAUGACAGAUUAUUUGAGGGGAAUGACACAUCAGUCCGUGGAAUGUCUGAGCUGCUUGGAGAGGUGGCUAAAGCCCUGGGGAGGUAUUCCACCCCACCUAAGGAAGAGGGAGGAAGAGGUGAUGGCUAUUCCGGGGUGGCUGAGAAAGCCACAGAAGUUGGAUUACUAUUUCUCAAGCUACUUGGGAAAGUUGAAACUGCCAAGAAUUCCUUGGUCUACCCUGCAUGGAAGACAGGCUUGCAUCACUUGGCAGGACCCAUUUAUAUUUUUGCUGUCACACACAGCGUGGAGCAACCGUGGACCAGUCCAAGAUCUCAGCACGUUGCUGGAAAAGUACUUUCCUUACUUCUUCAAGUUUCUGACUGUGGCUCUGUGGCAGGAUUCCUCCACGGAGAAAAUGAAGACGACAAAGGAAGAUUUGGUGUGAUUAUGGGGCUUCUCAAACCCAACUUGAAUAAGGAAUUGUGGAAAAAUAACCCUGCCACCAAACAUGUUUUUUCAUGGACUCUGCUACAGGUCACUCGACCCUGGCUGAACCAAUAUCUGGAAAGGAUUCUUCCCCCAUCAUUGCUCAUCUCAGAUGACUAUCAAACUGAGAAUAAAAUCUUGGGCAUAUGCUGUCUCCAUCACAUUGUGCUUAAUGUGCCAGCUGCUGACUUGCUCCAGUACAACAGGGCGGAGGUUCUAUACCAUGCCAUUUUCAACCACCUGUACACACCAGAGCACCAGCUCAUUCAGGCUGUGCUUCUGUGUCUGCUGGAUUUAUUUCCCAUCCUGGAGAAAACUCUGCAGUGGAAGGGAGAUACUGCUCGACCCACCACACACUGUGAUGAGGUCCUGCAACUGAUACUAACCCACAUGGAGCCAGAGCACCGCCUUCUCUUACGCAGAAGUUAUGCAAGAAACCUACCAGCUUUUGUGAAAAGGUUGGGGAUUUUAACUGUUCGGCACUUGAAGAGGCUGGAACGAGUCAUCAUUGGUUAUCUGGAGGUUUACGAUGGACCAGAGGAAGAAGCUAGACUGAAGAUAUUGGAGACCCUAAAACUUCUUAUCCAGCAUUGUUGGCCCAGAGUUUCCUGCAGACUUGUGGUGUUACUGAAAGCUCUCUUGAAACUGGUAUGUGAUGUAGCAAGGGAUCCAAACCUUACACCUGAGCCUGUGAAGACCACCUUGUUACAGGAGGCCACAGAUUGCCUGAUUCUCUUGGACCACUGCUCACAGGGCCGGGUGAAGGGUCUCCUGGCUAGAAUUCCCCAAAGUUGUCAAGAAGGCAAGGUGGUGAACUGUAUCAGAAAAGUGCAGCAAGCUUCUGGUGGCGCUCACAGUGAUGGAACUUAAGAUUUGUAUUACUUACCCAAAGAUGAAACUGUUUUCUUUUUGUCUCUGAUUGUAUAAAUGGUGUUUUAUGGGAAAAGUUAUUUUUAUAC